AUGAUAAUACCACUGUUUCUCGCCUGCUUCCUCGUCAACUUUCCUCAUCAACUCGCGCAAUUGAACGUGAACAAUGGACUAAUCAAGAUUGCCACGGUUUUCGGCGCCUCCGUAUUACCCAUCGGAUUCGCCGCCGGGCCCAGAUAUGUUCCAAAAUGGAAGAAGCAAGCAUGCGAGAUACCGGCAUCCCAACAUCCGAAUUCACACUACAUUUGCGAUGAAGCUGGCGAAGUGAAAUGUUUGCCAGGAUGGACCGGAGAUCUUUGCGAUGUACCGAUAUGCCGCAAAGGUUGUGAUCCCCUUCAAGGUUACUGCCGACGACCAGGGGAAUGUCGCUGCAAGCUAGGCUUUUAUGGUGAAUUAUGCGACAAAUGCGUGGCCUUGCCAGGGUGUCAGCACGGAAGGUGUAACGUGAGCUUCGAAUGCUCCUGCGAUCCCGGUUGGAAGGGCAUGUUUUGCUCCGAACCCAUCUGCGCCCCCGAUUGCCUAUCCAGUCAGGGCUACUGCGAAAAACCCGGCGAGUGCAGAUGUCGUUUAGGCUGGCAAGGUUCUAAGUGCAAACAGUGUGCGGUACUUCCAGGCUGCGCCCACGGGACCUGUCAAGGACCCCUAGAGUGUCGAUGUGAUCCAGGCUGGACCGGGCUGCUUUGUCAAACACCAAUCUGCGCUCAAGGAUGCAGCCGAGAAUACGGUGGCUGCAGGCGACCAGGUACAUGCAGAUGCCGCGUCGGCUGGACUGGCCCAAAUUGUACCGAGUGCGUGCCCUAUCCCGGAUGCGUACACGGCUCAUGCAAACGCCCGUGGGAUUGCCGAUGCGAACCCGGUUGGGCCGGAGAUCUAUGCAACGAGAAGCUCACCUAUUGCGACGAGCAUCCCGGCAUCUGCCGGAAUAACGCUACUUGCAUCAGCAUGACCCACGAGGAUGGCAAUUAUAGAUGCAUCUGUCCUGUAGGCUACAUGGGUCGGCAAUGCCAGAUAAAAACUAUGAUACCAUCAAUGGAUCUGGUACCACCGACACCUGAUACGACCUUAGAAUUAUCGCAUGAAAUUCAAGGUCUUGCAGAUAAGCCUAGUAUUGAAGAAACAUCGAACGAGGACAAGCACGACGAGAAACCUGUCAAAGAAGAAGAGCAAACCGCGGAACCUCUCGGACCCAUCGUGAUAACAGAUCCACCGACCACUACUAUCACCACUACUACCAUGGAUUCGGCUGCUACCGCCGGAAAAUGGCCCACAGAAGCGGCAACGGAAUCAAGCGAAAGGGACGACGAGAACGAGACAUAA